AUGGCCGAUGUUUCGUCUACCCGGCUCUAUCUGGGCAACCUUCCGCGCAACAUCACCAAACAGGAUAUAGAGGACCACUUUGGCAACCAUGGCACCGGCUCUAUCAAAGAAAUCAAGCUCAUGAACGGCUUCGGUUUCAUCGAAUACGAGGACGCCAUGGAUGCGCGAGAUGUUCUCUUCCCCUCUUCCCUCUUCUCGCGGUGGCUUUUCCUGACAUCCACAACAGACGGAACCAUUUUCAAGGGCGAGCGACUUACUGUGCAGUUUGCUCGAGGCCCGCGCCGGAAGGACGACUUCGCUGGCCCCUCUGACCGAAACGUCCCUCGGCCGCGUCGCACUAUCUAUCGCAUGCAGAUUACCGGACUGCAACCGGAUACUAGUUGGCAGGAUCUCAAGGACUUUGCGCGAAGCUCAGGUCAACUGGAUGUCGUGUACUCCGAGACUGGUCGUGACCGCGACGGUAAAGGAUUUGUAGAAUUCGAAACCUCGUCCGACCUCAAGACCGCUGUGGAAAAACUAGAUGGACAAACCUUUAAGGGAGCUACUGUCCACUGUACACCCGAUAUUCAAGAGGAAAGACCGGACAAUCGCAGCUAUCGACAGAGAUCUCCACCCAGAAGUGGCGGCCGAUACGGUCCUGUUGAUGAUUACGAUCGUCGCGGACCUCCUCCACGUGGCUGGAGCCCACGAGGCUACCGUGAGCGCUCGCCUGGACGUCGCCCACCUAUGGAUGACUACUACGAUCGAGGCUAUGGAAGACGCACUCCACCCAGGGACUACGGACCACCACCACCGAGGAGAUACGACCCUGACCCGUAUGAUCCUCGUGGACCGCCACCACCCCCCAUUCGAGGCUAUGAUCCAUACGCUCGAGGUGGCGACCCGUAUGGCCGACCCAGAAGCCCUCCUCGCUAUGGCUAUUCGGGUAGCUAUGGUAGCUACGACGACCGACGAUACUAG